CCCUCCCAGCCAUGGCCGUGGAUGUAUGCUCCGAGGCCUCAAGCUCGACGGCGAGCCCAAGAAUCUCCUUCUCCCAUGAUCUCCAAGAUUCUGACCACAUCGUCCCCGCCGACGAUCCCUUCCUCUUCGAACCCACCAUCGACUUCGACUUCCACUUCUGCACCACCGCCGGCCACCACACCCUUUCCGCCGACGAGCUCUUCGCCAACGGCCAGAUCCUCCCGGUGGAAAUCAAGAAACUCCCGGCGGCCUCGCCGGCGCCCAAAAUUCCGCCCCGCCUCUCAAAUUCCGACGAAAACCGAAAGAUGCUAAAGGAAUUCCUGUCCACAACCCCAGAAUCCGACGAAGACUCCUCGCCGCCGGCGAAACAUUUCUGGCAUUUCCGCCGGAGCAGCAGCCUGAACAGCGCCGGCACCGGCCACGGCCUAGUCCGGCAAGUCCGCUCCCUCCAAUUCCUCUCCCGCAGCAACUCCACCGGCUCCGCCCCCACCCCCAAACCCCACGCGCCGCCGCGUGCCCGCCGGAAACAGAGAUCAAAAUCGGAGCCGUUCAUCUCACGCUCAGUCUCGUCAUUACUAUUCAACACCCAAAGCCAAAGCCAUUUGAAUUGUUCAAAGAAAAACACAAACAAUUCGGCAUUAAAGAAGAGCAGUAGCUGCAGAUCUUCUUCCGGCGGGCAUGGCGUGAGAAUCAGCCCAGUAUUAAACAUCCCACCUAAUUACAUCUCAAAAACUACUUUUUUUGGGUUAGGUUCUUUGUUUUGUAAUGGUAAGUCUUCUAAAAAGAAGAAGAGAUCACUGUGAAUCCUUACAUUAUAUUAAUUAUUAGUGUUCAUAAAUCAAAGUUUUCAUAGUACAGUACAGUUUCUUCUUCUGUUCAA